CGAGGCGUGGCCCGCCCGCUGCAGCCCGCCGGGACUCCCGCCCCGGCCCCGCCACCGCCCGCCGACAUGCCGCCCCGCGCCCCGUGAGCCAGUGUGUGCCAUGCCCCGACGCGCCCCGCCGCCGCCAGCACUGUGAGGCAGCAUGGCCGGCGCCGCGGGCCAGGACGCAGUGCGACACAGCCACAACUCUGCCUUCAGCGCCGUCGUCAGGAAGAGCUUCUCCUCAUUCUCCGUGGACGCUAUCCUGGCGCCAGACGCCAGGCCACCCCGCGCCCCAGAGCACGCCCACGCCUCGCCCACGCCGCCCGUGGCCGAGAGUGACCGGGACGAAGAGGACGAGGAGGAAGAGGCGCCCCGCGAGGAGGACGAGGAGGAGCGAGAGGUGCACGUGGACUCCGAGGAGGAGGUGGUGGAGGGCGAGGCUCGCCUGGCCGAGGAGGAGGACGAGGGCAGCCGCCGCGGCGAGGCGACAUUCCUGCGCCCCUGCGUGUUCCCUACCCCGCGGGACCUGCCCCUGCACCAGGGCGCCCCGCACCCCCUCGUGCCCCCCAGCCUGCAGCCAGGCCUGUGGCCGCCCCUGCACCUGCUGCACCACCACCUGGCUCUCAGGGCCUUCGCCAAGACGCCCGAGCCGCCGCGGUUCCAGGGCCCCGUCAAGGUGCAGCUGAGGAAGCACAAGCCCAACCGCAAGCCGCGCACGCCCUUCACCACGCAGCAGCUGCUGUCGCUGGAGAAGAAGUUCCGGGAGAAGCAGUACCUCAGCAUCGCCGAGCGGGCCGAGUUCUCCGCCUCGCUCAGCCUCACCGAGACGCAGGUCAAGAUCUGGUUCCAGAACAGACGCGCCAAGGAGAAGAGACUGAAGGAGGCGGAGAUGGAGCGGCUGCGGUUCGCCUCCCGUCCCAUGGUGCAGCACAACCCCCUGCUGCCCCCCGCCUCGCUCCUCCCGCACUUCCUCCUCACCCACUCCUUCCCGCACCUCCACCAGCCGGGAUUCGCCCCCUCCUCCUCUGGCAGCUAACAAACCCCUCCUGCUCCCCUCCCAUGGGCCCCUCACCCCCUCCCCCACCAGCUCUCCCAAGACCCAUGGUGACCACUCUCCCCAGCCCUCUUACCUCCCCUCCCCAGCUUGGGCCUCCCCAGGUGCGACACUCACCUGAAGGGCGGCACGGCAGGGUCCACCCUCAUUAACCCUUCCCCUGCCUCACCCUGCAUCCUCACCACCCUCUCCACCUCCCUGGCCUCCUCUCUCACCCUCCUGUUUCCCCACUCAUUCCUUCCUCUCCUGUCUCUCCCUCGUUCUCUCCGCACCUCUCUCCUCCUCUCUUUGUCACUCUCCCAAAAAUCCGCAGCCAUUUAAACCAUUUCCUUUCCAUUCUCUCUCUCUCUCUCUCUCUCUCUCUCUCUCUCUCUCUCUCUCUCUCUCUCUCUCUCUCUCUCUCU